UGUGUGUGAUGCGCAGGGUGAGUGUGUGUGAGUGUGUGUAUCUGCAGUCAGUCAGUCUCCGCGCACCGGGAAGCAGCAGCAGCAGCAUCAGAGCCGUUUGAUCUGAAAUGACGACAGAGCCAGAGGGUAAACCAGAGCAGCAGGGGGCGUGUGCGGCUCCGCCCCAUUCAGCCCCACCCCUCGAUAACCAGCUUCCUCCUGCCGCCGCCCACAGCACACCUGUGAAGAAGGAACAGGCUGGGGAGCGUGAGGUGGGCGGAGUCCCGCAGGGGAAACCCAAUCAGCUUUCAGCAGAGGACGACGGCUCCUCCCACUGGUCGUCCUCCAGUAAACUGAACCGAUCGCCUGCCAAGAUCAGCAAGAAACCCAAAAACAUGCAGUGCAAGAUCACACUGCUGGACGGCUCCGACUACACCUGCGUGGUGGAGAAGCGAGAUAAGGGUCAGGUUCUGUUCGAUAAGGUGUGUGAGCAUCUCAAUCUGCUGGAGAAGGAUUACUUCGGUGUCACCUUCCGCGAUGUGGAGAAUCAGAAGAACUGGCUGGAUCCUGCUAAAGACAUGAAGAAGCAGAUCCGAGGUGUGGCCUGGAACUUCUCCUUCAACGUGAAGUUUUACCCUCCGGAGCCGGCGCUGCUGUCUGAAGACAUCACCAGGUAUUACCUGUGUCUGCAGCUGAGGGAUGAUAUCUCGUCUGGUCGUCUGCCCUGCUCUUUCGCCACACACACUGUUCUGGGCUCGUACACGGUGCAGUCGGAGCUGGGCGAUCACGACCCGGAGGAGUGCGGCUCAGAGUACGCCAGCGAGUUCCGCUUCGCCCCACAGCAGACCAAAGAGAUGGAGGAGAAGAUCAUCGACCUGCACAAGAACUACAAAGGAAUGACGCCAGCUGAAGCUGAGAUGCAUUUUCUGGAGAAUGUGAAGAAACUCUCAAUGUAUGGAGUCGACCUGCAUCAUGCAAAGGACUCUGAGGGGGUGGAGAUCAUGCUGGGCGUGUGUUCGUCAGGCCUCCUCAUCUACAGAGACAGACUCCGCAUCAACAGAUUCGCCUGGCCCAAAGUGCUGAAGAUCUCCUACAAACGCAAUAACUUCUACAUCAAGAUCCGCCCCGGAGAGUUUGAGCAGUUUGAAAGCACAAUCGGCUUUAAACUCCCAAACCACAGAGCGGCCAAGAGACUGUGGAAGGUGUGUGUGGAACAUCACACAUUUUUCAGGUUGGUGCUGCCUGAAACUCCCCCUAAGAAGUUCCUGACUCUGGGGUCUAAGUUCCGCUACAGCGGCCGGACGCAGGCUCAGACCAGACGUGCCAGCUCACAGAUCGUCCGGCCAGCACCAUACUUCCAGCGCUCCUCCAGCAAACGAUACACCAUGUCCCGCAGUCUAGAUGGAGAGAUGGGCACAGCGUUGUACGGUGCAGCAAAAGGCAUUGCCAUGAGUGACCUGAUCACCACAGUGACCCCGGAGAAGAAGGUGGAGGAGGAGCCGCAGCCACAGAAACACACACAUGCGGACAAACAGAUGCUGAAGCAGACGGAGACAGAGACAGAGACGGACACACACACGCAGACGCAGACGGUGCUGGUGGAGAACGUGAUGAUUCUGGAGGACGACGACGAAAGCACCAGAGCCACAGAGCUGUCACUGCCCAGCCCAGCAACACCAGCACGCCUCGACACACGGACUGAUCUGACAGACACUGCUGUAGAUGGAGAACUGACCGCCACUGAGUCGGAUCAGGAGGACGAGUCUGAAGCGAAGACCAAGGAGGCGGAUCUGACGCCGGACGAGCAGCUGAAGCCACAGACCAACAUCAGUGAGCUGAAGAGGACAUUCCUGGAGGGUGGAGCCGAGCCGGCGGGCCUCACCGAGUGGGAGAAGCGUCUGUCCUCGUCCCCGCUACGCUCGCCACGGCGGGAGGAACCGCCGAUGAUUGAACCGCUGGUGCUGGACGAGAUCAAACAGGAAGUAGUGGUGGAGACACAGGAAAUGGCAGUUGCUCUGGAUACGCAGGAGAAUGACAGGAAGGUUGAUGAGGAGUCUGACGGGUGGGUCAUUAUAAACAAGGUUCCUCCGUUUGAAGCACAUAAAGCACCGGUAGAAACUAGAGACAAAUCCUCCAUUCAGCCUGAAAUCAUAGUGCAAGACGCAUCUCCUCCAGCCGAAGCCAUGAAGGAGUUUUCAGAAGGGCCUCCUCCAGAGAAAACUCUAGAGAAGACCAUCAUAGAUGAAGCUCCUCCAGAGAAGACCACCGUAGAUGAAGCUCCUCCAGAGAAGACUCCUAUCAGUGAAGUUCCUCCAGAGAAGACCACCACAGAUGAAGCUCCUCCAGAGAAGACCACCAUCAGUGAAGUUCCUCCAGAGAAGACCACCAUAGAUGAAGCUCCUCCAGUGAAGAUUCAUUCAGAGAAAGCUGAAGAUGUUCCUCCUAAAGUUCCUCCUAAAGUUCCUCCGAAGGUUCCAGAGAAGAAACACAGCUCCAGUUAUAGGUUUCUGUCCUCUGUGAGCUCCGUGCCGCCUCCGUCUUCAGUGCGGCCCAGAAGCGAGGAUCUGUCGGCGGGUCGGAUUUCUCCGGCGCUCCUCAGAACCUCUCCGACAGCCAAAGUGCCGAAGCCCAGUUUUGAGGAGAUGUCUCCUGAGCUGACGGCGCUCCUGCAGUCUGCACGCAGCUGGACGCCUGUUUCUGCAUCUGGGUCUCCAUCUGCAUCUGCAUCUGCUCUGGUCACGCCUGCGCCUGCAGCUUUACAUACACCACAGAGUCAGCCAUCAGAGAGAGUGGAUGAGCAUCUGGGAAAGGGCCUGUCAGAAGAGGAGCCGGCAGAUGAACCGCUGGACAAACCUCAGACAGGCGUCUUGAGUUUCUCCAGGAGUAUGUCAGGAGACACACAUGAGACACACGACACACCUGUGAUCCAGACUGAGAUCAAGACCAUCACAUAUGAGGCCCUGCAGGCGGAGACGGACGGUGAUGCUGAUCCUGGUGUCCUGAUGAGUGCUCAGACCAUCACAUCAGAAACCACCAGCACCACCACGACCACACACAUCACCAAGACGGUGAAGGGCGGUAUCUCAGAAACGCGGAUCGAGAAGAGAAUCGUGAUCUCAGGAGACGCAGACAUCGAUCAUGACGAGGCUCUGGCUCAGGCCAUUAAAGAAGCUAAAGAACAGCACCCCGACAUGUCAGUGACCAAAGUGGUGGUGCAUAAGGAGACGGAGAUCACGCCGGAGGAGGCUGAGGAGUGACGCAGGAUUAACAUUAUCGUCACGCAUUCUGGAGGACUCUCAUGUGUUCAUGCUGUGGAAAAUGAAGGAUUCUUCAGAGAAACCAACCACAGGAACAUCAGCAUUAAUGACUGAAUCACAGCAAUCUUCAUCUGAACACGUCUGGAGUAACACACACACACACACACUCACGCUCACCGGCGCCUCUGCCACACUGAACACUGUUACUGCAUGACAAGGGAACCAUUCUGCUUUUUGUGAGGAGACAAAAGUAUUUAGACAUUUUAGGAAAUCCUAUAUGAGCGCAGUGUAUAGUCAAACUAUAAAGGGACUGAAGAGUUGUGAAAUAUAGCGGUUACAGAUAUCUCCGUUUAUUUAUUAUACUGCUCACUUAAAAAAACAAACUUUGCACAAUAUUUAACCUCGCAAAGAUGUGCCAUCCCCACGUGUCUCCCUUCAUCCUCUCACCUCUGAUUUGCUCAUGUUGAUUAAUAUUAAAGAGAGAAUAUGGAUAUGCCACACAUUUUCUCCACACGCCAUGUAUCUUAGACUCGUGUUCUGUUGUUUUUACUUGAAUUCUGCACCUGUCUGUUUGAUUUGUCACCUGUGAAUGUUGAUUUUAGAGGAAUUGAGCUGUUUUGCUAUCCUGAGAGAUCAAUCCUCGGCCAGAGAGCCACAUCUGAGCCUUAAACUGUACAGAACCCUCCAGACCGACCCACAUGUGUGUGUUUGUGUCCAUGUUUGAUCCUCAUGUGCAGCGUCGCCGCCCUGCUGACUGUUUCCCACACAAGCUCAAAUAAAAGCUCAGUUUCAUUUCUGGUAA